AUGCUGGCAGAAAGAAAAGGUACAGAAGAUGUAUUUGCCGUGAAGGUGCUCAAAAAAGAUAUAAUUCUUCAAGAUGAUGAUGUUGAAUGUACAUUAUGUGAAAAAAGAAUUCUUGCCCUAGCUGCCAAACAUCCCUUUUUAACUGCUUUAUUUUGUUCUUUCCAAACACAUGACAGAUUAUUUUUUGUUAUGGAAUAUGUUAAUGGAGGUGAUUUAAUGUUUCAAAUUCAAAGAGCAAGAAAGUUUGAAGAACCUAGAGCUAGAUUUUAUUCUGCUGAAGUUACUUGUGCAUUACAAUUUUUACAUAGACAUAAUGUUAUUUAUAGAGAUUUAAAAUUGGAUAAUAUUUUACUCGAUUCUGAUGGUCAUUGCAGAUUAGCUGAUUUUGGAAUGUGUAAGGAAGGAAUUACUCGAGAUAACUUAACAUCUACUUUUUGUGGUACACCUGAUUAUAUUGCCCCAGAGGUGUUUGCAAAAAAAUUUUCUUUAAAAAAAAUAAAAUAUACUGUACAGAUUUUACAAGAAAUGGAAUACGGAUUUUCUGUUGAUUGGUGGGCAUUGGGCGUUUUAAUGUAUGAAAUGAUGGCUGGACAGCCCCCUUUUGAGGCAGAUAAUGAGGAUGAUUUAUUCGAAGCUAUACUGCAUGAUGAUGUUUUAUAUCCUGUUUGGUUAAGUCGAGAAGCUGUUUCAAUUCUUAAAGGGUUUAUGACAAAGAAACCACAACGCCGUUUAGGAUGUAUGGAAUCACAAGGAAGCGAGGAUGCAAUCCGUGCACAUUCAUUCUUUCGAGAAAUCGACUGGGAUGCAUUAGAGGCACGGAAAGUAAAACCACCAUUUAGGCCAAGAAUUAAAGGCAAAAGGGAUGUAAAUAAUUUUGAUGCAGAUUUCACUAAAGAAGAGCCAACACUAACCCCAACAGAUCCAACAGUUAUGAAAUCAAUUGCACAGGAUGAAUUCCGCGGAUUUUCAUUUAUUAAUUCAGAAUUCAACAGAGAAUAA